UGCUAAUCAAAGUUGUCAGUUUUAUGCUGCGUGACUUUUUAUACAUUUUAUUUACACAAAACUUUUACUUAAUAAUGAAGAUUUAAAAUUUUACAAAACUCAGCGGAUAUGGAGCCUUUAAAGACUGAAACGAAAUUACCCAGUAUGGUCAUGUGCGGGGACCACCCGUCCAUCACUAAGACGGAGCUCAACCUAAAAGAUAAGAAAGCGGUGGAAGCGAAGGAGAGAAAAAUAGCAAUGUCCUACGCUAGAAUCUCGCCCACCUCGUCUCGCACGGAGAAGCCCCUGGACUCGCGCUCGCCGUCCGCGCACGCGCUGCGCGCCGCGCGCCCGCCCGCGCGCUCGCUCGACGCCGUGUGCGCCGCGCUCGCCAACCGGGAGGCCGUGCAGGCGGCGCUGUGCAGUUUCCGCUGGCCGCCGUACCUGGUGGUGUCGUGGCUGCUGGUGCUGUGCGCGGCGCACACUCUGCACGCGCUGACGGCCGCGCUGGGCGCCGCUCUUCCCGCGCUCCGCAAGCUGUGCCAGUACUUCCGCACGCUGACGGAGGAGAGCUGGCGGGCGGAGAGCACCCAGCGCGUGCGGCCAGUGCUGCUGGCGUGCGCGACUGUGCUGCUGUACACCGUGCUGUGCUGCGUGUCGGCGACGCACGCACUGCUGCGGUGGGCGGUGGAACCGCUGGCGGCGGAAGCGGACGAAGGGUCCAAUUGUGGACAAAUCGCCAAAGUCACCGAUUACAUCGAUGACUUUGAAAUGCAGAGUAAAGUCGAGAAACCGUAGCAUUAUACGUUCCGGUGUUUCGGUCACUAAAUAUGUUCUAGAUAAAAAUAGCGAUAUUGAAUUUACAAUUUUUGUAUGAAAUAUUACUUU